AUGGCGACCCCCAACGAAAGAAUCCACAUGACCCUCUUCGCGUGGACGUUGAGCGGCGAACUUGCGCGAAACAAUUUCUUCCGCGACUAUAGGCGUGCUGUGCGUAUGAAUCUCCGCAUGUCGCGUUCUUGGUCCGACGAAGAUCCUGAAGGUUUCGACAGUGGUCGUGCUGCGCCUACCGAUCUCCGCAUGCCGCCUUCUCGGUCCGACUCGGACCAUGCUGAAAAUACAUGCAAGGAGGAGGCGCCCGAUGCCAAGUCCUUUAGAGAUGGUCUUCAGGCCGACUUUCAGUCACUGGUGAGAUUGUUCGGAAAGGCUCAUGAGAUGGUCCGGCCGGCUACACUAAGAAGAAGACUCUUUGCCGUUGUUGUGAAAUAA